GCCGAGAUUAUAUUAUCGUUGCAUUACAUUCAUGCACUUGGCUGUGUUCAUAAAGACAUCAAACCAGACAACAUUUUGAUCGACAAAAAUGGACACUUAGUGCUCACUGAUUUUGGACUUUCAUCAUAUGGAUUUGUAUCGGAAGAGUCUGUACAAGCAUUAGGGACGUUCUGUACACCGGAUUAUGCUGCACCAGAGAUUUUAAUAUCGAACACGUAUUCGUUUGCGAGUGACUAUUUUGCAUUGGGAUGCAUGAUGUACGAAUUUGUUGUGGGAUAUCCACCCUUUAACGCAUCGACCCCAGAAGCCAUUUUUAUGAAGAUUCAAGAAGGCGUGUUUGUGUGGCCGCACGACGUUGAAGUGAGCGACAAGCUGAAAGACCUUAUAAAAAGACUUUUAAACCAUUUACCAGAGCAACGACCGACUUUCAAUGAUAUUGAAAAACACCCAUUUUUCAAUGGUAUUCAUUGGAGCACUUUAUUUGAUGAGAAGAGAGAUGACAUCUUUGUGCCUGAGCUGGAGACAGAAAAGGACACCGGGUAUUUCGAGGACGAACGAAUGAUUAAGCAGAUGCACAUGAAAAAGAGCGACAUUAUCAUUAAGCCAAGCUCUAAAAUUGACGUUGUCAAAAGAAAGGAAUCCCCGAUUGUCCCUUCAUCAGUCGAAUUUGGAAAUUUUGACGCAAAAAACGUCGACAACUUGGUGGAGGAGAACAGAAAGUUGUACGCCAAGGAGUUUGCAAAGUUCGAGGCGACCAACUUGUAA